UUGCUCAGACAGCGGGAUCUUACCCACCGGGGUCCCCCCGGGGGGAGCCAGGGACGCUCGGCGCGAUGUUCAGCCGCUUCACAAGGAGCGCCAGCCCCACCCAGGCCGCUGAGCCCGCACAUGGUGGUGCAGCUGCGCGUGGCGGUGCAGAUGCUCCCGAGGACGUCAACGACGAGCUCGACAUCAGCAUGCUGGUGGAAAUGGGUUUUGAGCAGGAGCAGGCACGCCGCGUACUGGACGCGUGCGGUGGCAACUUCGAGCAGGCCUUCGAGCUGCUGAUGAGCCUGGGCCCGGACGCCAGCCUCGAGGCGGUAGCGCUUGGCGCCCAAGGA